AUGUACCUUCUUCACAUCACUGAAUCCGAAGACGGAAGUCUCCCCGACAUUCAACUUAGGCUCCACGUCGAUGACAUCCCUCAGUACGCCAUCCUGUCCCACAGAUGGGGACGUCCGGAGGAUGAGCCUACUUUCCAAGAUCUGAUGCAUCAAACAGCCAGCGGCAAGCAGAAGAAGGGAUAUCAGAAGAUUUUGUCGUUCUGCUCACAGGUUCUUGAAUAUGGAUUGACGUGGGCUUGGGCCGACACUUGCUGUAUCGAUAAAUCCAGCAGCGCUGAAUUAUCAGAGGCGAUCAACUCCAUGUAUGCUUGGUAUGAGGCAUCUCGAAUAUGCUUCGCCUACAUGGAAGACGUACCGCCCGGUGACGAUCCAUCAAGACAAGAUUCUUUCUUUCGAAAGAGUGUGUGGUUCAAGAGAGGGUGGACAUUGCAAGAACUGAUUGCUCCGAAUGAGGUCAUGUUCCUCGACACCUCUUGGAACAAGAUCUCUUUCGGUAGCAAGUCCGGCUUGUCGGAAGCCAUAUUCCAGGUUACAGGCAUUCCACAGGAUAUAUUGAUCAACAAAGCCAAACUGGACUCUGCAAGUGUGGCACAGAAGAUGUCCUGGGCUGCCACGAGGCAAACGACUCGCAUCGAGGACGAGGCGUAUUCCCUGAUGGGAAUAUUCGGAGUGAACAUGCCCACAGUCUACGGAGAAGGAAAAAAGGCAUUCCGCAGGCUGCAAGAGGAAAUAAUGAAAUAUUCACCGGAUCACACUAUUUUUGCCUGGAAGGCGGAAGAGGAUGAUAUGAUCGAUGGUAUGCUGGCGACGUCACCUCGGCUGUUCCGGUUUUGCGGCCAGUUUCGGGAUCUCAAGUAUGCCGAGUUCGUCGAGCGCUUCAGCAUGAGCGACGCUCAUCUGGAGCCGUACUAUUUCACAACGAAUUACGGUCUGCAAAUACAACUACCUAUCGUGUCAAUGUCGCCGCAUUUUGAAGGAUAUCAUUAUGCGUACCUGGCAGCAGUUCACGCGGAAAGCAGAGCACUAGCGGUCAUCUUUCUUCGCCAACGCACCGAUCGCCCUCCGGGACAUUUCUAUCGCGCGCGUUUCGACGGCCAGACGUUGAUCCAUCACCUUGAAGAUUCAAUCCAUGCCGAUACCAUAUGCAAUGUUCUCUAUAAGUCUUACCUCAAGGCUAAAGAGCACCGGAUUUGA